AUGUGUCCUUCGGCUGAGUCUCCUCCCCGUGCAGAACUCUGUUUGUUCUUGACUGAUGACCAAAUCAUUCCAUUUCUAAAUGAGUACACACCACAAUCCCAUCUUCCAAAUAAUGUGCUAGCAGACUGGAGCCCUUAUCAAUACCCACCCUCUAAUUUACCAGAAGGAAUGUGGUACCUCGUUCCGAUAGACGUGAAAAAGGAAUAUGUUCAUGGGUUCUGGAAAGCCAAUGGAGAAGAUUCUAGGAUUUUCUCAAACUCCACAAUCACUGGUUGGAGGACCACUUUGCAAUAUUUUGAAGGACAGGCCCCUGACGAGCAAAGAACAGAUUGGCGCAUGCAUGAAUAUUGGAUAACAAGAAAAGAGCUACAUGAUAAAGAUAAGCCAAAGGAGCCAAGACUGCUAUGCAGAGUCUUCUGUAAUGACAAGAAUGGGAAAAGUGAAAAUCGUUCCCAAAAUUACGUAACCACCAUUGAACCAGAAAAUAUCAAUUACUUGGCUUUAAUUAAAUCUAAUGCUGAUGUAACCUCAGGCGAAGAUUGUGGAAGUGAAUCUAAAGCAAAGGAGGAGCGUGAAGCGGCAGCUGAUAACAAUGCAGAGGUGAACCUGAGAGGUGAACCUGAUCCUGAAGCGAAUAGAGAGUGUGAAGGGGCAGUGGCUCCUUGUGCGGCUGAUAACAAACCAAACUCGUCUGGGCAAGUUUUCUCUCAAGUCGAGUGUUUCGAGAGAGGUGACUUCUUGGAAUUAGCUGAUCUUGAGGACAAUGGCUCGCAUUCUUCCAGUUCACGAAACUCGAGCUGUCUCAGCUCUUCAUCUGAUGAAGAGUUUGACGUGUCGGCUUACCUGAGGGACAUUGAGGCGGACGAGCUAAAUCCUAUGCGUGGGGAGCAGUCGAGUUCGAAAUACGAGUUUACUUCGGUUAGGCUGGAUGAUGUGGUUCUGGAGCCCCCACCUUCAGGGACCUUGUUGACUGGUUCUGUACAAAACAAUGUUGCCGAGGGCUCACAAAGAGUCUUAACGGUCCAAAAAAUGUCGGCAGACGAACAAGAAAUGGAAAACGCUACAGAAGGGCACAAUCCAGACAGCCCGAUUGAAGGCACCUCAAAUAAUGGUAUUGCCGGUCGGGAGAGAAAGCUCGGUGAUUCAAGCCGAAUGAAGAAGCUGAAAAUGUGUUUCUGUUUUAAGCCAUUCUGA